AUGGCCAAAUGUGUACUCGAGUGGCUUCAGAAUCAACAGAUUCAGGCACACCUGGGAGCAGAUUGGAAAUUUCAUCUCGCUUAUAAAAUCAUGAACAAGAAAUUACAGCUAUGGGGGCUUACGCGCGAUGGGACUGUUUUAAGUGGAAUGGAGAUAUCAGAGGAAGUGCGAAUGUUUGGGGGAGAGGUGCAGGUGACGAAAAGUGUUGUGGUUCGUGCUUUGCAAAGCAAACAAGAGGGAUGA